AUGGUGACGACAGCUUCCUGUUCCGGYGGUGUGAGGAGAUCCAAGCGGAGGGUGUAAACAGCACAGCGCCAUCAAGAGGACUGAGUGCAGCUGCCAGGGGGGCUUCACGCGUGUUACGAUCUGAGGAACGAGAAGUGUCUCUCCGCCCAUCACCGGGGACAUAAGUCUGACCCAAACAAGCUGGUGUGUUCAAACUGUGGGACUUUGAGUGGAAAGGAGAGACUUUUAAAAGGACAACAGAUUGUGAGGAUUUGUGCCAAAACCUCAGAAAGGGAAAGGGUUCGUUUGGAAAUCUUUAAAAGACUCAGGAAGAUUAAGCAGCAAGAUGUGGGUUUACUUUUGUAACAAGGAACUGUCGACGUAAUGGAAGGAGAUCGGAGUGUCCAAAAACAACAAAAAACAACCCCUGUUUAGCUGGAGACACUGCACUGUUUACAUGUGUUUUUCUAGGACUUAAAGGACUGAAAGAUGAGAAGUUCCAGUUCCUCGAUGUCUCAGUCACCUCAGCCGACAGACUCGCAGGACUUGUUGCAGUCUAUGCUGCAGAAACUGAAGAUCCAGCCAGGAAAAGAUGGUCAGGCACACCUGCAGACACCUGGAUCCCCUCCAGAAGCCUUCACCGUGGGACCAGACAGGGAGAGAGGAGGGCCUAACCACCAGGAAGUUGACAACAAGCCAAUGAUUAGCUUUGAUUUUGACAUCUCCCCCUCUAAGAAGGCUCCAGUCUCUGCUGGAAGGUUUGCACAGCAGCCAGGUCCUGGUCAUUAUGUGGGAAGGGGUUGGACUUCUUUCGCCUCACAGAAAGUGGACCUUGAUGAAGACACCGGUGAGAGGCGGGUGCCGGUGGGUUCCCCCACCCAAAUUAAAUUCUCCCCCAAAGGAACAGGGCAGCUGUUCCCUGGACCCUCCAAGGACGUUAGUCUCACCAGCUUCAAGAGCACCGAUGGGAGUUCUGGCAAAUCCAUGAUGGCAAACCACGUUCCUCUGAACACGAACCAGAGCUUCACACCCAUAUGGUCCCAUGCCAACACAGCUGGUGAAGAAAGUCAAGUGUUGCAUGCAGAAAACGGAGGAACUGAUGGUUCAAAAGAAAGCACAGACGUGCAAAUUUUCUCUGGCAACCAAGUGACGACGAACACCAGGAAAAAKCAUCCGUCUGUGAAUAAAAAAAAACGAUGGACGCAGAAGAUUAGGGAGAGAUGGAAGGAGAAGCUCUCCAAGAAAGAAAGAGAGGAUGAAGGAGAUCAGAGGACAGAGGAGCAAGGAGCUCAGAUUUCAACAACAAACCAGGCAGCGAUGGCAGGAAACUUUACAAACACGCCCAGUAACCACAGAGAAAGGAGCCUUCCUUCGCUGAGCAGCUGCUCUCCCAGUAAAACAUUUCCUUCACAAACUGAAAACACUACGGACAGCAUCAGGCUUAGCAGUGACUUUGACUUGGGCCUGGGGUCCUUCAGYCUCCUGGAGGAGAUCACCAAGGGUCAGGAGUGGGCCAGGUUCUUCAACCCUAACCUUCACCUCACCUCGGUGAAUCAGAGAUCGCCAGAGGAGCCUCAAGCCAAAAUCCCACCAAAUCCUUUCAACCCUGACCAAACACCUGGGAGUCUGAACCAACCGGGAGAGAGGAGCGGCUCAUGGACAUUCUGGACUAUGGAGUCCUCAUGGGCUUCAGUAUUUAGAGUGGGGCAGACAGCACCGCCUUCCGUCAGCAUGGACGUCACAGAAGGAAAACAAGAGUCRGUUUACAGAGAGGCUGAUCAGGUGGAGCUGAUGGAAGAUGGUCAGAACCGAUCGGACUCGCAGCGCAGAGAGAGCAGACCUCCGCUUGGACCUUCAGCCGUCACACAGCCUUCAGACAUCCUUUACAACGCCGUGCUGAAGGUCAGAGGUCAGACCAGCAGGAAGAGGCAGCAUCAGCCGGCUGAAAGAGCCAGCCCCGUAUCUGCAUCGUUCACCUCCCACGCGAUGGAGGACGCACCAGAGCCACGACAGGGAGGCGUCCCCCCACUCACCGCUCUGAAGUCUCCUCCUCUGUUUCCGUCCUCUGACCCUUCGGCUCCGGUGCCCCGAGGCAUCCUCAAACACUUCAUAUCCCACGAUUCAGAGGUCACCAUGACAAAAAGGAGACGAGUGGAGGAAAACCGCCAGGUUCAUUUUUCAGACGUGGUGACGGCCAUAGAGUCUCCCACCGUGGACUUGGAUUUUACGGACUCAGAGGAAGACUCGGAGGAGGACUCGGAGAAGGACUCAAGUGGGGACGAGAACUCGCUGCUAGACCAGGAGUUUGAAGAGGAGCAGGUUGCGAGCGAGGAGGUGCUGCGAGCUCGUCGCUUCGCUCUUCGUGGCUGGAUUAAAGCUCUGAAGAGGAAGAACAUGGGAAAAAAGCACAGCUAGUGACUGAYGUGUUUAACCUCUUGCACUUAAAAUGAUUAAAAUAAAACAGAGUCCAUCGCAAAAGAUGAGUUAUCUUGUCUUAAAAUCGAUUUGAACAUGGCAGUAUUUGAUAAAAGUCACAACAGACCAUGAAGAUUGCAAAAAAAAUCUAAGAACUCUGAAAUAAUUUAUGCAUUUUGACCGCAAUUUUGUAUAUUUGAUUUUUACUUCACCUCCUAAUUUUUUUUACUAAUAUUUCUAACUGAAGGUGGCAAAUAUAUGAAGCUAUU